GCUAUCAGCACACGGGAGAUCGCCGUGACAUUUGAUGCAUUUUGAGCUUGUGAUUGGAGGGGUUCUGUUCCCAGGAGGUGUUGCCGAGAAACAAAAACCCUCUUUCUGCGUGUAGCCUGAUGCCAGCAGCCAGCGAGGUCAAGUAGAGGGUGGCUUCAUGCUGACGUAUUGCACCUUGACGCCAGACUAUAUCAACCUUAUCUGCUUCUUAAUCUACUUGAAUUUCUUUUAUACCGAUCAGAUCGGCUACAGUAUCACAUACUUCCACGAACUCUAGCCUUUUACCCAUUUGCUCACAACUCACCCACUCAUUCACUCGUGUCCAUCAUGGCGCGCAGAGAAAGUACCAAGCAAAACCUCCUCGUUGUCUCCAACCGUCUUCCCCUGUCGGUCAAGAAGGCUGACGACGGUUCCUACCAUUCUUCACUGUCGGGUGGCGGCCUGGUCACCUCACUAUCGGGGCUCACCAAAACCACCCAAUUCAGCUGGUUCGGCUGGCCAGGUAUCGAUGUCCCCGAUGAAAACGAACGAGAAGCGCUCCGCAAGAGUCUGGAUGAGCACAACGCGGUUCCAAUCUUUCUAGACGACGAGUUGGCGCAUGAUCACUACAACAACUUCUCCAACUCCAUCCUCUGGCCCAGUCUACACUACCAAUCCGGUGUCUCCUUCGAAGAAGGUCCCUGGCAGUCGUAUAAACGCGUGAACGAAAUCUUCGCCGACACGAUCGCCGAGAAAGCCCUCCCGGGUACCUUGAUCUGGGUUCAUGACUAUCAUCUCAUGCUUCUGCCUCGGUUGCUGCGCGACCGACUGAAGGACAAGAAUUGUGCCAUCGGCUUCUCCCUCCAUACUCCCUUCCCCGCGGGCGAUUUCUGGAGGAACCUGCCGGUGCAGAAGGAUCUGUUGGACGGCAUUCUUGCAAGUGAUGUUGUUGGGUUCCAUACGGAGGAGUACAAGCAGAACUUGGUACAUGCUGCCGCGGCACUGGGCGCAAAGAUUGAUGACCCCGGGAAGAUCGAGUACAGAGACCGGCUGGUUGUGGUGGAGAAGUUUAUCGUCGGGAUCGACCCGCAGAAAUUUGCCGACGCACAGCAGAAUGCGGACGUACAGAAGCGCAUCAAGGAAUUGCAGGAAAGAUAUAAAGGAAUGAAGAUCAUUGUCGGUGUAGAUCGCUUGGACCACAUCAAGGGACUUACGCAGAAGCUCAAGGCAUACGACACUUUCCUGGACCAGCAUCCGGAGCUCAGCAAAAAGGUGGUUCUGAUCCAGGUGGCGGUGCCGAGUCGUGAGGACGUCAAGGAGUAUCAGGAUUUGGAGACGGAGAUUAGCACUAUCGCGGGAAGGAUCAACGGAAAGCACUCAACGGCCGAAGGAUGCCCCCUGAUCUACAUGCACAGAUCGGUCAGCUUCAGCGAACUGACAGCACUAUACUCCGUCGCCGAUGCCUGUCUGCUCACGUCUACUCGCGAUGGUAUGAACCUGGUGUCGUUCGAAUAUGUCGCAUGUCAGGCGCAACGACAUGGUGUUCUGGUGCUCUCGGAGUUCGCUGGAGCGGCUUCGUUCAUGAAAGAGGGCUGUUUGACCUUUCACCCCGCAAAUAUGUCGGAGAUGGUCGAUGCGGUUUACAAGGCGGUCACGAUGGGCGAUGAGGAGAGAGAGAAGAAUUACGAGACCCUGCGGGACUUUAUCGAGACGAAUACCAGUGCGAAAUGGGGAGAGACCUUCAUUGACACGCUGUAUGGCCGUUUGAGGAGCUCGUGAUGCUCAAUGCAGGUAGGACGAGGUUCGGAGUCCAUGACAUGUUCAUACAUAAAAUAAUGAAGAAUUUGAUGCUGUACCUACAACGACGAACAUAUGCUUCUGUUGGUCAGGGCAUGUGAUUGUUGACUUCAAGGUUUUGAAUAUCUCAUCACAUUCGUAUCAUGUAUUGCCUCAAUUGUAGGAGAGAAAAUUGUUCGGGCAAUAACUGGUUGCGCGUCUCUCUCAAAUUUAUGAGCGUUCCGUGGUUGAGGCAUAAAGUGC